AUCUGUUCCUUUACUAACAACAGAGCGCGCCCCCGCGUUUAGACCUCAGACGGACUUCGACUACAGUGGUUCACCCCCCUUGUGAUUUAUCAUUAUAAGUUUUCGCUUUAGUUUUUUAUAUUAUUUUCGUAAAUAUCAGCAGAAGAUGAAAAGUCAACUAGUUACUUUGUCUUCUCUCUGCUUGUAGAACAAGUGAAAGUCGGAGCGAGGAGUAGUUGCGUUCUCUCUCCAUCACUCACGUUCUAGUGCUACCGACCGAGAAACCGGGUGCCAUUGAGUAGCGGCUUUCUUUUUGUCUCUUGCAUCGAGCCGUGGCUUCCGAUCCUCUGUGACUGCCGCGGAAGGAGAGGACGGCGAAGGACGAAUGAAAACAUCAUAAAUACUAAUGCAUUAAUAUUGUCGGAAGUUUGACAUUUGAUUUUUGCCGUUCUGUUUUUGUUGAAAUUACGAUCGUGUUAAUAUGGAGUCGGUGGAAAGGGAGUGUGGAGCGCUUGGGGGAUUAUUCCAGGCUAUCGUCAACGACAUGAAGAGCUCCUAUCCUGUCUGGGAGGACUUUGGUGCCAAGGCUACCAAACUGCACUCCCAACUCAGGACCACGGUUCUAGCAGCUGUGGCCUUCUUGGAGGCUUUUCAGAAGGUGGCUGACAUGGCGACCAGCUCCAGAGGGCAGCAGAUGGCGUGGAGAUCCCUGGCCCCCAUCUGGCCCACCACCAGGCCGGGAGCCACACAGCACCAGGACAGGAGAUUACUCUCAGGCCUGAGCAGCACUCAAACCAUUAGACAUCUUCACCGAGGAGAGUGAGCAAGGCCAACAUGGUC